ACACACACAGACAGACAGACAGGGAGAGAGCGACUGGGCCUUGAGUCCAGCCUCAGAGAUCCAACACUCUCCCUCCCCCUCCCCCCACCACCACCGAGCGCUGAGCAGACCUCCCCCCCACCCCCAUGGCUGCCAAGCCCACCUGCCUGAUCGUGCUGAGCUCCGCGGCACAAGGUGUGUCAGCCCAAUCACUUUAUCACUCCUAUACAAUAUGUAGCACAGCCUUUAACUUGCAGAUUGCCACUCCAGGGGGGAAACCCAUGGACUUUGUGGAUCUGGAUGAGAAUAACUUGCGCUGGAUUCAGGACUUUCGCAUGAAACCAUGUUCAAACCCAGCCAAACUGGAGUCCAUCGAUGGAGCACGAUACAAUGCAAUCCUCAUCCCUAACUGUCCUGGCGCUUUGGUGGAUCUAGCAACCAGCGGAUACCUGGCCAAGAUUCUUCAGCACUUCUACACUGAGAAAAAGCUGAUUUGUGCCGUGGGACAUGGAGUCGCUGCUUUGUGCUGCGCUACAAACGAGGACAAGUCGUGGUCUUUCCAGGGAUACAGUGUCACUGGGAUGUCUGUGUUUGAGUUGGUGAGGAGGAAAGACUUUGCCAGCCUCCCAAUUAUUGUGGAAGACUUUGUGAAGGACUCCGGAGCCACCUUUAGUGCGAGUGAACCUGAUGCCGUCCAUGUGGUGGUUGAUCGGCACCUGAUAACGGGACAGAACGACCAGUCAACUCUCACCGCCGUCCAGAACCUCAUUCUUCUCUGCAAUGUAAGGAAAUAAUUCCUCUUUAGUCCAUGCUGGUGUGCGGAGUCUGCAGAACAUGUGACUGGGCUGGAUGAAGUGAAUCAAGGGCAGAGCAAGAUCCCAACCUCUUCGUUGUCCACCCUUUAUAGGGCAUAUCGCUGGUGGAUACCCCCUCCCCCAUGAAACCAGCAGCAUCCAUCAAACAUGGGCUCACCCCACACCCCCCCACCUUGGCUUCGUGGAAAUAGCUUGCUGGACCAAACUCUGAACGUUUUUACAAGCCAAGAACAACAAUCAUUUUGGUCAGGAUCACUGAUGUCAUUCUUACCCAGUAAAACUGCACCCACGUCAACUGUGACUAGAUGGAAAGCCCUGUUAAUGGUUUUGGUUUAUACAUUCCUGGCUUUUUCCACUCUUAAUGCACUAUUGUUUAAGACUGUAUCCCUGUUAAUUAUGACAUUCUCCCUGUGAUUGAUGGAGAGAGUUUACUUGAGGCCUGCAAUCCCCCAGAUGUAUUGAUCAUUCCUCUUGAGGGGUCAAUGAGACCUCGCCAGCAGAAAUAUCUGCCGACAAAAACAGGCACUAAACUUGACAGUAAUUACUGUGAAGCUCUUUGAAAUGUUGCAACCCUGAUAAGGUGCUGUAAAACAAUGCAAGUUUUUCUUUUCAUCUGUAUUUUAGCCAGAAACACUGCUUAAUAUGGGAGUCAGUCUCCUUGGAUGAUACUCUAGUCCUGUUGAAGAGGGAUGUGACCACAACAUAAGAACACGAUUGACAAAUUGCUGGUGAAGUGUUGGGGCUUAAAGUAGUGGAUAUUAGACCUAUCUGUUAUGGGAACCUCUCUGGCCAUUCUUCCCCCUCCCUCAAGGAUUUCUUAUCUGCUUUGAAACUGAAUAAAGUACUUAAGAUUGCAAA